CCCCAAAAAAACCCCCACUUCUCCCACCGCCGCCGCCGCCGCCGCCGAGGAAGAAGCUCUGCUCCGCCAUGGCCGGCGACGCGCUGCGUGCGGCCGAUCUCCCCGGCCGAGGACGCGGGCUCCUCGCGGCGCGCAGCAUCCGGGAGGGGGAGGUCAUCCUCACCGAGCAGCCGCUGCUCCUCUACCCGGCCUCGCUCGCCUCCCUCCCCUCCUUCUGCUCCGCCUGCUUCCGCUCCCUCUCCGCCGCCGCAUCCCCCUGCCCCUCCUGCCGCGCCGCGGGAUUCUGCUCCCCGUCCUGCGCCGCCGCCUCCCACCCGCGCCUCCUCUGCACCGCGCUCUCCGGCGGCGGUGGCAACGGAAACCUCGCGUCCGCCGCCGAGCCGCACCAGGAGCCGCUCCUCUUCCUUCUCUCCGCCUACUCCCUCCCGGAGCCCUCCCUCCGCGUGCUCCUCUCCCUCUCCUCCGCCGCAACGCCGCCCCCGAGCGACCAGGACCCGGGGAGCCUGCACGCCAUGGUGGCGGCGCUGGUGCCGCCGCAGAUGCUUCCGCCAGGGUUCUCGCCGGACCUCACGGCGGCGCUCCUCUCCAAGGACCGGACCAACAGCUUCUCCAUCAUGGAGCCCUACCGCCCCGAGGUGCCGCAGCCUCUCCGGAAGGCGAGGGCCUACGCCGUGUACCCGCGGGCGUCGCUGCUGAACCAUGAUUGCCUCCCCAAUGCUUGCCAUUUCGAUUACGCCGAUAGGCCGGGUCCCGGGAACACCGACAUUGUGGUGCGAGCUCUUCACGACAUCACCGAGGGGAGGGAGGUGUGCCUCAGCUACUUCGCGGCCAAUUGGCAGUACAAGGAUCGGCAGCAGAGGUUGCUGGAGGACUAUGGGUUCCGAUGCGAGUGUGAGCGGUGUCAGGUGGAGAGCAAGUGGAAGCAAGAUGAUGAUAGCGAUGGCGGCGAUGGGGAUGACACCAUGGAAGAGGAGGAAGAGGAUGGUAAUGGUGGAGAAGGUGGUGAUGAUGGGAUGGAGCAGGAGGAGGGGGAUGGUGGUAGCGAUAGCGAUGAUGAUUUCCCGCACUCAUACUUCUUUGUAAGGUAUCUGUGUAACCAUGGUGAAUGCUAUGGCAUGCUUGCGCCACUUCCGCCCUUGCCAAACGGUGAGCCGUCCCAUGUGUUUGAGUGCAAUGUCUGUGGGAACCUGAAGAACGAAGAUGAAAUUGAUGCUCCUGAUGGUGGUGAUUCCAGCAUGGCGGAUUAGGAUGAGCUAAGCAUAACCGAUCUGCUUGCUGCUUCUUUUGGUGGGAGCUCAUAACACUUUGGUGGUAGGACUUGGGAGUACUUCUGUAAACUGGUUGGAGUUUUGACAAAAACGGGAGUUUAAUACACCUAAAUAUGGAGAGAUGUAUGAACAGAACAACAUUCAUUGACUGAAUGUGGAACUAGCAAUCCUUCUUGUACUCAGCAACGUAUAUAUGAAUGUGUAUCCGUUGUAGGGAGUCCUGCUUGUUCUGUACAAUUUCUAAUGCUCCCCCUUUAUCUAGAAUGGUGAUUUAGACUUGAGAAAUUUAUGCAGUCAGAAGCUGAUCUCCUGUGAUACUUGAAACAUUCCGUUUUGUCAUGUCAUGGUGUAGUUGAUUGUAUGGCAUUGCAUCUCUUGUCUACUGAUGAGAGGUCAAAUCUCAUUUCAUUUGAAUUAUGCUUGCAUUUUCGCAA